CUCUUAUGAACACGUAAAGCUGUCUCUUUAAGACAAACUAGUGCACAUGACUGGAGUAUAAAGCGCAUUUUACUGAGGGAAUCAUGUUGUCUUGGGAAGAAGGACUGUAGAUAUGGCUCGGUUGUCCCUUGUUUUUCUGGUCGCUUUACUUCGGGCAACCGAAUGUGGCGUAAUAUCUAAUAAGGAACCUUUCGUUUCAGAAUCCUGCAGGAACUUCGGACUGGCGUUUGAGCGCAUGUUUGCGGUCCCCGGGGAGUCUCCGCUGUUGGAGUGUCCGCUGCACAUCCAGGCUCUGUUCGAUCCUGCGGAGACGCCGUAUAACGUGACGUGGGUAGAGGAGAGAACGGGCUCGGAGAUCUCAGCCGGGCCGAACGUCUCGCUCUCAGGAACAUCUCUGUGGUUCCCUAACAUCAGCCUGCAGAGCCAGGGAACAUACGUGUGUGUGCUCAGGACUCAGAGUCAGUGCUAUAGACAGGCCGCAGUGCUGGUGGUGAGCGAGAUGACGUCUGGAGACUGUGAGCGACCGGUGAGGGGACUUCAGUGGAUCAGUGCCGGUGUGAACGAUGUCCUCGCCUGUCCUCUGAAGAGAUACAUCAGGAGUGUGGAUCAUCCCUCCAUCCAGUGGUACAAGAACUGUGAGCCUCUUCAAGAAGAUGAGAAGUUUGCUCCAAAUGAAGAGAUGCUUAACAUACGUAAAGUGCAUCUCGAUGAUGCUGGAUUGUACACCUGCAAAAUGACCUUUAGUUUAGGUGGAGUCGUCGGUCAAAUGGCUGAAUCUGUAGAGUGUGAAGUUCACGAUGAAUAUUUAGAGAAACCGAGGUUGAUUGAGCCAGUUAAUGAGAUCAUCAAAGUUGAGAGAGGUUCAUCCUUCAGGAAGGAUUGUGUUGUUGUUGUGCCGGGAAAAGGCGUUCCCCAGGUGCCAGUGCUGUGGAAAGUUACCUUGGGAUCUGAAGAAUCCCAAUCUGAGGAAUUUAUCUCCGAUAACACGUCGCAUCGCAUUUAUCAGGAAAGCAUGAAUGAAAGCAGAACGGAGGAGGGUUUUGUGUUAGUGCAAACACUCUCCGUGUCAGAUGUUUGGCAGGAAGAUUUCUAUCUAAACUUCACCUGUAUGGUGUUCAGCAGCCGAGGAACCCCGAGCGGACAGUUCUCCCUCAUUCCUGCAGAUCCGAAUAUCUUCUUGCUUCUCGGGCUUCUCCUGGGGUCGGUUGCGCUGCUUUUCGUGAUGGGAGUUUCUCUGUGCACCGUAUUCAAGGUGGAACUGGCCUUGUGGGUCCGGACUGUGUUUCCAUUCCUCUACAAAACCACAGAUGGUGAUGGUAAGCAGUAUGACGCCUACAUUGCCUACCCAAGAGUGCUUGAUGGCUCGAGUGAAAAGGCUGAGGUGUUUGCGAUGAGCACUUUGCCGCAGGUCUUGGAGGGCCGGUACGGUUAUAAGCUCUUCAUCCUGGGCCGGGACGGUCUACCUGGAGAAGCGGUGGUGGAUGUUGUCGAGGAGGCUCUGACCCGCUGCCGUCGACUUCUUCUCCUCUACACCUCGACGUCUCUCUGCAGUCCCGAGGCGCUGGAGUGGGCCGAGCAGCAGACGGGCCUGUACCGAGGGCUCGUGGAGAACACCGUGAGCAUCGUGCUCCUGGAGCUGGAGGAGAUCCGAGAGCCCGACCGCCUGCCUCACUCGGUGAGACUCCUCAAGGAGAAACAGGGAGCGUUACAAGCCUGGAAGAGAAGGAAGAGGUGGAUGUGCUGCGACUGGAAGACGGAGAAGCGCUUGACCUCUCUCGACCCCUCGGCACGCUUCUGGAGGGAGGUGCGCUACCAUAUGCCUGUCAGAGGAAAAGCCAAAAACAGGAAUUGGUUUAGUUUCUAGCUUGAAGUGAUGCAGUCAGCAAUCUGGAGGUGAAAAGAAGCUUU